AUGCCUAUAAAGCUCCCCCACUCCCUCUCCCUUCCCUUCCUCCUCCUCCACACCAAACCUAAACUCCCACCACCGCGCCUCCCAUUCCCCCCACGCAGCAACACCAUGAGCACCAAGCCCUACGACCCCAUCGCACUAACCGGCUUCUCCGCCGCCGCCUCCUACGACGCCCACCGGCCCUCCUACAUCGCACCGGCACUCACCCACCUCCUCGAGCAGCUCAACGUCGCUUCCACCCCCCGCGCCAAGGUCCUCGACCUCGCCGCCGGCACGGGCAAGUUCACGGAGCUCCUCGCGGCGCGCCCUGAGGAAUAUGAAAUUGUGGCGGUCGAGCCGCAUAAAGAUAUGCUUGCGACACUGAGGACAAAGGACCUGAAGGGCGUCAGUGUGAAGGAGGGCGAUGCGUAUGAUAUCCCGGUGGAGGACGGAUGGGCGGAUGCCGUUGUUGUUGCGCAGCAAAGCCCGCGCGCGGCCGGCGCGGCGGUCUAUCACUCUAGGCAUUCCACUGGUACCCACCCCCGCUUCUCUUCUUCCUUCUCUCUUCCGGGCUCGCUCGCGCCGUACAAGACUAACCACCGCAGGUUCGCCAACCCCACGUCUCUCGCCUCCAUCGCGCGCACCCUCCGCCCCGGCGGCCGUCUCGGCCUAAUCUGGAACGUCGAGGACUACAACCAGUCGCGCCACCACGCCACAAAAACGCACUGGGAGGGGCAGCUGCGCGACCUCAACUGGCAGCACACAACGGACGCCUCGCCGCGGUACAAGGACAACAAGUGGGCGGGCGCGUUCACGCCCCCGGCCGCGUUCUCGGCGCUGCAGGAGAGGAUCUUUGAGGUGGAGAUAUGGCUGGGGAAGGAGGCGCUGUGGAGGAGGUUGGGGACGUUGAGUAAUAUUGCGAAUUUGGGGGAGGGGGAGAGGGAGGAGCUCAGGAAGGGCUUUGAUGAGGUGCUGGAGGGCGAGGAUGUCCAGCGGAAUGACCAGGGCGAGAUUGCGGUGCAUUACAUCGUGCAUACGGCUUGGGCUACGAAGCUUUAG